UCUGGGCUGCAGGGCAGCAGCAAGAGCAGCGCGGGGGGCUCCUUCCACUCAGUUGUUUGCUCUUCAUUUCUAUGUCGCCUUUCUCCCAAAAGGGACCCAAGGCGGCUCACAAAACGAAAACAUUGUUCUAAUUUUUGCUGUUGUUGUUAUUUAUUUUACUUACUUCAUUUUUAUCCCGCCUUUCUCCCAAAUUGGGACUCAAGGCGGCUUACAACAUAUAUAUAUGGACAUUUUGAAACUGUAAAUUUUAAAGGAUGAAUUUUGAACGCAGAUGAUUGUUUUAAUGUCCAUGUCUCUUGUUUGUUCUUUUUAAAUGGAUGCCUGUUUUAAUUGAGGUUGUGUUUUUACUGACACAUCUUUGUUGGAUUCUUGCCUUUCCCCACCUUGAUCCAUGGGAGCGCAGGUUACAGCUUGGCGCAGAGACCAUUUGGAGCCACGUAUGUCUGGAGCAGCAUUAUCAACACACUUCAGGCACAAGUCGAAGUGAAAAAGCGGCGUCAAAACCUGAAGUGCUAUAAUCACUGCUUCAUCGGUUCCGAUGCAGUGGAUGUUGUCUAUGCCCACCUUCUCCAGAACAAAUACUUUGGUGAUGUGGAUAUUUCCCGGACUAAAGUUGUAAGAGUGUGUCAGGUACUGAUGGACCACAAAGUGUUUGAAGCAGUUUCCACCCGAGUCUUUGGAAAAGAUAAACGAUCUGUGUUUGAGGAUAGCAGCAGCAGCCUGUACAGGUUUCCCGGUGCUGCUAACCAAGUGGACAGCUCCUUUGGGAAAGAAUCUGGCCACUUUAUACAUCAAAGACAGGAGAAAACAACACUACUUAGUACAACACCUGUGAAAGCAAAGAGCUUGGAGGAUCUUUUGGAAAACUUGAGUUUAAAGCCUGUUAGUUCCCCUCAAGUAAAUACCUCUUCAAAUUUGUCUCGCCAAGUUAUCAAUGAAGUCUGGAGAGAGCAAACAAUUGCACGCCUCCUGCAGCUCAUAGACCUUCCACUGCUUGAUUCUUUACUUGAGUACCAGAAGACAGAAGCCAGAUUUCCACAAACAAAGCAAGAAACAGAACAUAGCAUCAUCACAAACAACUACUUGGACAGAGAGAUUCUGAAAGCCUUUGGUGACUCCCAGACAGAUGAAUGGCUAUCAGCAGCAGUAGAUUGCUUGGAGUAUCUUCCAGAUCAGAUGGUGGUUGAUGUAAGCCGAAAUUUACCUGAUGGGCCCAACAGAGUCGAAGUAGGGAAACUGCUGCUGUUUGAUACUAUCGGAAGACACUAUAACCAAAAGAAGGCGCCUCUCUUAAAACAUGCACCUGAUAUCCACCUUGGCAUUGCAGAACUGUUAGUUAAUGGAAAGACUGAUCAAGCUCUGGAAGCAAUUCAGCUCUACUUGAAGUUACUAGAUAGUUCAACAAGAGAGGAAUUCAGGAGGCUUCUUUAUUUCAUGGCUGUUAUAGCUCAGAAUUCUGAGCUUAAACUGCAAACAGAGAGUGACAACCGGAUGGUUGUGAAAAGAACUUUCUCUAGAGCUAUAGUUGACAAUAGAAAUUUAUCUAAAGGAAAAACAGACCUUCUGAUUUUGUUUUUGGUAGACUACCAAAAAGAUGUCUUAAAGAUUCCAGGAACACUGCACAAAAUGGUUAGUGAUAAGCUUGUAGCCAUACAGGAAGGGAAAGAUUCCAGCCUCAAUACAGGAUAUACUUUCUGCCAACGGCUUAAUGAAAGCGAGUAUCACAACAGUGCAAAGAAGGCUACGAGAAAGGAACUUGUCUCUCUGCUAAAAACAAUUGAUGAGGAUUCUAAUCUCUCUGCCAAAGAACGAAAGAAGUUGCUGGAUCAGUUCUAUGCUAGUAAUCCUGCUAUCUUUUUGCAGUAUUUUGGUGAGAGAGAUACUGAUGAUACUGUGUCGUUUUAGCCUUGUUAGGCAUGAUCAGUGCUCAAGGCUUUGGAAACAUGUACUUUGUAUCUUUUAGGGUUGUUUUUUUUUUGUAUUGUGCUUAAAUAAACUUGUUUUGUAAAUAUGGGUGGAAUCCACCUGAAAUUAAAAUGAAUUAAACUGCUGAUAAUCUAAUUGAAAAAAUGCACUUAAUUUAUUUAAAAGAAGAACUAGGGUGAGAAUUGUAGGUCUAAUAUCUAUAAUUGUUUCACAGUUCUGUUGAAACACUAAU